CGUAUUGGUCGACAGCGUCGCGUCUGCGUAGGUGGGGGUCAUGGAGCAAGAAUAAUAAUAACAUACUAUUAUUAUCAUAUUACUAUGUUUGUGUGCCGCACUGCCGCGAUCCAAACACUCGAAACCAGAAAUGACUACAUAAUGAAUUAACGACUAACCAUAAACCAACCAACUACUAACGAAAAACGGCUAACCGCUAACGUUCGUCAGUCUGCAGUCGGUACUCAGAGUCAGAUCCUAGUUUCAUACGUUAGUCAAUAGUCGUCUGUGAGUUGUUCACAUUUUCUGUUUAUUUCCUCUCACGACCGUACACACUAUACACUAUGGCGAUUUCAUUGGAAAUCGACGAAGGUCUGUUCAGAACGUACGUGUUCUACACGGCCGUAUUAGUACUGAAAGUACUCGCGAUGGCCCCACUGACGGCCAAACAACGGUUUGCGAAAAUGGUAUUUGCUAACCCUGAAGAUGCAAAGAUGAAUUCAAAAUCAAAAGUGAAGUUUGAUGAUCCCGAUGUUGAAAGAGUCAGGAGGGCUCAUCUCAACGAUUUGGAAAAUAUUCCUUUCUUUAUAGUUGCAUGUUUUGGUUACUUAUUAACCAGUCCAAAUGUAUAUAUUGCUACUAACUUAAUAAGAUUGUUUGUAGCAAGUAGAAUAAUUCAUACAAUAGUUUAUACUGUAAUCGUCUUACCACAACCAGCAAGAGGAUUAUCUUGGUUUGCUGGAUACGCAACAACUUUAUAUAUGGCUGUUCAAGUUAUUUUAAGUUUUGUUUAAUAUUACUUUAGGAAAAACAUAAUAAAGCUCAAUAUUUUAUUAUUA